UUUGAUGUUAGGCUGGGACCAGGAAGCUGCGGUGUCUAAACUUACGCGCAAAAUGAGCUCCUCCGUUAACGUUUGCUUCGCUUUACUUAACUUUAUUGUGGUGGUUUACUCUUCAGAAGAUGUAAAGCUGAAAUACAAGCAAGCUGAGAAAAAGCCCGUCCGCCUCUUCACCGACGAGGAUUUGGUAAAAUACAACGGGCAGCAGGAUGGCAGUCCGAUUUACAUGGCAGUGAAAGGCGUUGUGUUUGACGUCACUUCUGGGAAAGACUACUAUGGAAGAGGAGCACCAUAUAAUGCAUUGGCUGGCAAAGACUCCACGAGAGCGGUAGCGAAGAUGUCCCUUGAACCCGAAGACCUGACCCAUGACACUACCGGACUGACGAGUGAUCAGCUCAAGUCCCUCGAUGACAUUUUUGUGAGUGUGUACAAGGCUAAGUACCCCAUCGUUGGAUACACGGCACGGCGUAUCCUCAACGAAGACGGCUCUCCAAACGAGAGCUUCAAACCCGAGGACCAGCCUGAGUUCAACAUCAAAGACGAGUUCUGACUUUGACAGGCUGGGAGUCGUAAAACACACACAGCCUGACGGUAGAUGCUGCUAAUGUACUGGCAAGUCUUUCACUAACUUUCUUGUGGUACCUUUUGAUAGAUUUUUCUUAUUAUUAUUAAAAUGGAGGUGUGUUUUUACCAAACAGAUGCCUCCACGUGUGA